CCAUUUCCUUAUUGGUUUUAUCUUUGUUUCUUUUCUAUCCAUUCUCUUUGUAAAUUGAUGUUUCAUCAUAUAUAGUUCUAGUAGUGUUUCUUUUAAAUGACCAUGUAAUCAUUAAAGAUAUAUAGUAGUGUUUUGGUCUUGGUGAUUUACGAUCUCUCUCUGUUAAUAGCUAACCAUGAUGAUAUAUGAGCUGCCACAAAUUAAAUUAUGAGGCUCAAUCAUCUAUCCGAUAAUGGAGUUUUGAAGCAACAUGGCAACUACCGCGCUUCCGAUAUUCAUGGUGAUCAAUGUACCAAAAGCAGCUACAAACACUUAUCUAUACCGCAAAGACGAUGGCUCCGUCGCUGACGGAGGCGACAGCAUGUUCAGCCCGCUCGUCAAGAUCGGAGUUGAGCGGGCUGCAAUCGACGCCAAAUACGUCCACUUACGAUUCUGUUACAACAACAGAUACUGGCAGAAGAGCGCCGACGACGACACCAUCGUCGCCGUAUCCAACAAGCCCGAAGAGGACACGACGAAGCCGUCGUGCACGCUCUUCGAGCCAACUCUGCAAGCGGGCACGCUCUACUUCACCCACGUUCCGACCGGGUGGCGCGUGAUGAUGAACAACGCCACCAAGGGUUUCUACGUGGACGCAAACAGCGUGGGCGCGCCGCUAGGGUUUGUGGACUGGGACACAUUGGUGAAACUGCCGGAGCACGUGGCGUUCAAGGGAAAUAAUGGCAAGUACCUCAAGGCCUUGUACGAUGACCACAACUACCUCCAGUUCGCCUCCGACGAUCCCAACGACGACGUAUCCGGCCACGUGGUCUCGCUGAUGCGCGACGGCCAUGUCCGGAUAAAGUCCGACCACUGGGGAAUGUUCUGGCGGCGGAGCCCUAACUGGAUAUGGGCCGACUCCACCGACGUCACGGCCAACAACAAGGACACUCUCUUCUGGCCCGUCAAGAUCGACGGCACCACCAUUGCGCUACGGAACGCCGGAAACAACAACUUCUGCAAGCGCCUCACCGAGGACGGGAUGGAGAAUUGCCUGAACGCGGCGGUCUCCAACCUCACCAGCGAAACCAGGUUGCAGGUGCAGGAGCUGGUGAUGGAGCGGAAGAUCUACAACGUGAGGUACCGAAUGGAGGACGCCAGGAUAUAUGGCGAGACACCGUACGUGGCCGGCACCUCCACCGCCACCAACGAGGGGUAUGAGGUGGCCGCCACCUCUGUCGAAGUUAAGUAUGAAAACAACAUAACUUACUCUUUCAGCCGCAGCGUGUCGAUAACAGCGGGGAUCACCAACACCAUCUCGGCUGGCGUGCCCGGCAUCGGGGAGGAGAGCAUUGAGAUCAAUUUUCAGAUCAGCACGUCGUUCGAGUGGGACGACAGCGUGACGCAUACGACGUCUGUCACGGCGACGGGCUCAGUUCCUGUGCCGCCAAGGAGUAUAGCUACCGUUAGUUAUGUGGGGACGAUGGGCACCUGCGAUAUUCCCUUCUCCUACACUCAGCAGGACAGGAGCUCCGCCGACGGAUCAAUCACUGAAACUGAUCAGAUCGACGGUGUUUACACUGGCGUCAAUGCUUACAACUUCAGCUUCGUCAUCCAGAAAUCUGAGCCUCUCGACUGAUCCCAUCACGUUUGCUUUUCAUUCCUGCUUCUGCUAGUUUCUUGUUGUGUGCAUUUCUAGUUGAGGGUUUUUUUUCAUCAACUUCUCCCAAGUUGGUUUUUAAUUUCCCCCUCUUUAUGUGUGCUGGUAAUAAUCUGGGUGGCUACUAGCCGCCAGUGUCCUCCUUUGAAUAAAAACAAUCGUUUAUUUAA